AUGUCAAGAGGAACAGUUUCUCAAACCUUACAAUAUCUAUGGAGGAAAAUGACCGCUCAUAAACAGAAAUGGCCGUGUUUUGCCUGGAUUCUUUCCGUUUUGUCGAUUGUGUUUUACUGUGCCGGUUUUCUGAGAGUAGAAUUGGAGCUGAACAAACAAAUGAAGAGAAUAGACCUUCUUUCCGAAAGCGUUGAAGAGACGGAGUUACUCGCCAACAUCCUUGACCUCGUAGUGAUGGCCAGAAAAAUCACUCCUGGUAAGUUUUCGCAUUAAGUUGGUAGAAUUAAAAACCAAAUUGCUUUGACGAAAACAAAGCCACUUUUAUCGUUCUACCAAAAGGGCCCACUUGUUUGGAUCAUUUUCAUUAACUGCCGAGCGAAGCUGGCGAGCAAAACAGGUCGGCGCCAAGUCGUCAAACAUGUUCACGUAACUGAGUCCUCCAGUCGUCACCUCGCCGAAAGAUCAGUGAAAGAGACACCAAAUUUAUAGACUCAACGUGAAAACAAUGUAUAUCUCCAAGAGCUCAAAAUACACAGACUGAAGACUUAACACUCAUGUAUUCCCGGUUCUUUUCUCGUCUUUUAAAAGACAUAUUCUGAGGUAAAUACACGAGUUAAAAAUGCUGGCCUGUAAAAUGUUGUUGUUGUUCACUUAAACAAGCAUUAUGCUAAACUAACAGCAGAGCUAAGCCUAACAGACGAGUGCUUUGCGCUGUUGGUGUCGGAGAAGGAAUGACUUGCCUUUGUGUUUCCAUUCCAUCCUUUUCCACCCCAAUUCGUUUGUUUACCAUCAGUUAUUAACACAUUUUUCCUCUAAACCAAACAGCGACUGGAACAAAUCUGGUGUGUUACUAGAAGUAAUUUUAGAUAGAAGCAUAUUAAGUAAUAAUGACAAAUCAUUUUGUUAGUUUUGAGUCGAAGAUUAUUGUUCGGUUUGUGUUUUUUACGAGGAAGUAAUGGAAUGUUCACCCCGGGCCAUUAAAUUAUGCACAACUGAAUUGAUAUUAAAGCCAACAGCACUUUCCUUUAAUUGUAUCGGUGUUCUAAGUAUGUCUUUUGCGUGGCAACUAAGUCAAUUUUAUACAGUCGACUCCCGAUAACUCGAACCCUCGCUAACUCGAACCUCGCGCCAACGCGAACCAAAAUCCGUUUCCACUCGAUUUCCUUCAUUUAUUUCCUGUAAUUUUACCCUCGGUAACUCGAGCCCUCGAUGACUCGAACCUCUCGCUAACUCUAAGUAAUUUGUUUUUCCCGUUACAUCAUUUCUAUAUAAUUUUACCCUCGAUAACUCGAACUAUGUUUUAAGAGCGUGACAAGACGAAAGAAGACAAUGUUCUGCGGUCUGAAACAUUUAAUUAGUAAGCAGCGAGACUCAUAAUCUGCAAGCCGUUUUAUUUUCUUCGUAUUUAGUACACAAAAUGCCUCCACAAAACGACGGCUGUAGUACCAGGCGUUCCUAGCGGAGACCAUGGAAACUGGGAAUAAGAUUCGUUGCGUGACCGAAACAACGCAUGUUUCGCGAAGGCGAAGAAAGCUUAUAGUCAGGUCUCUUAGUGCAAAAUAUAGGUCGGAUCGUUACAGACGUGACAAAAGUGUCAAAUUUGGCACAAGCUUUCUUAGCACCUACCGAUUAAUACUGGAGGGGAUGCCCCUUACAAAUGGCCCUAAUUACAGAUAAAACUGAGGGGAGGUUAACUUUCACCUAUAAUAGCAGAUUGGGUGCCCUGUGGUGAGUACUCUUCUUGUUUGAUUUGGCUAAAAAACAUUUGUUGCAAAUUUUUAAGUUUUUAAUUUGGUAAUGUUUAGUUGUUGUUGCACUAUUCAAAAUAGUUUUACAUGUACAUAAUACUGACUAGUGCCCAGUCUCCACACGGUAAGUGUGGCCAUGUUCAUUGUGCAGACUAUGCGGCUAUCAGUGUCACUGCCAAGACUUGCCAGUGAUAAUAUCAUUACAUAUCAAUUUAAACAGAUCACAAAGCCAGCUUUCAAAGAUGUCAUACAAUAACAUAAAACUCAAAUGUAUCACAUCCUAAACGAUAGAAUCGUAAAGUUUGACAUGCCACAUGAACGACCUCAUGAACCGUAACUGACAACGCGCCCACUUUGUAAUUGUGCAGCUAAGAUUAGAUUAUAAUUUGCUUCGUUGGUAACCCUGUCCUUGAGAUAAUGAUUAAAACAUGUCAACCUCGUCCUCAGGGGGAAAAGGAGGAGCAAGGGUGGCACAGUUGGUUAGUGCGCAGCCUUCGGGGCGAGAGGUCCCGAGUUCGAGCCCGGUGUCAACACCUCCUUAUUUCAACUUCUCUUUUUUCUGUGUAGCUUUGACUAGCUUUAAAUACCUUUAAAACGGAGAAUUAAUGGAGAGAGGGGGGUAAAAGGAGCGCACCGUCGACCUCAAGUUUAUCACUUAUUAUUACUGUCACGAGUUAUUGACGUAAAAUAUGGUCGCUUUACCUUUUUCUACCUUUUUAUUAAGCCCUGGGGACGAGGUUGUAAAACAUGCCUCUCCAGGAAUUUUUAACACUCUUUAUUUUUUGCACAUUUGCAUUUAAAAAGAAGUGUAUGAGGUCCCUGCAUGCCUAUACACCUGUAAGCGGCUCAUUCACUUCAGAGCCCUUGGACCAGAGUGUUAAUGGUAGGUCUAUACGAUCUUUCAAAAAAAAGGAAGGUCGUCGCGUGCGUUACAAUUUACAAACAAACUAACUUCAGAAGAGCUGAAAUUUACAGGAACAAGGCCUCUUUUAGCCAACCAAUGAUGCAUCAUUUAUGAAAAUGAAUGUAAUUUGUUUGAUGCAAUUAGGCGAAUACCCCGUGGUUACGAAAUCUUACGAUCAUGAAUUCCUCAAGAGCAAUUCAGUUACCAGCUUUUCACAAAAUAAUGCUGUGGAAAAUUACCUAAAAUACCAAAAAAGCAAGGGUCAACAAUAAUUAUGGCCUGGUCCCUUAUAAUAAUGGAGUGGUCAUGAUAAAGAAGCCCAUCAGCCCCAACUUUGACCACUCAAACAGAUUUUUGACAGAUUACAUACUGCAAAACUUUGCAUUCACUUAUGCCUAUGUUGCCACACCAGGAGCCUAGAAAUCGGCUCCUGGUCACACCUUGUUUUUAUUGCUGAAUAUCAUUCUAAAGAGCUUUACGAAAUAUUUUGUUAGUAGGGGUGUUUUGAACAUGAUUGAUAUUUAGAGAUGGUGACAAAAACGAACACAGAAAUAGUCACAAAACAAGACGCAUGAAACAACCGCAAUCUAAUAUUCGUUUUACACCGAUAUAAUGGCUUCUUUGGCUGCUAUGCUGACGUUCUUGAAGAUGGCCGGUAGUAUCACAGCUAGUCCCGGGUUAGGUAUACCGUUUAUUACCAGUUUCACGGUUCCUGAGACUUAGGGCCUGUUAACAUAAAGGUGGGGGACCCCAGGUAGGUGAGGUAACCUGCUUAGGUGGGGUAAAAAAAUAACCCUCCUUUACAUGCAAUCUUACAACCCCGCCAUCCUGGGGUGCAGUUUCUCAAGAUUAUAUGAAUGGUCGCUAACCAUGUAAACAAGAAAAAUGCUGGCAAACCACGUCUACGCUCAAUUGCUGCUCUUGCUGCAACCUUCAGUGUUGUGGCUUUCUAUUGUUACCUUUAAUAAUUAUGUGAAGCCACCCAGCGCCAAAGUGAAUUUUGCGCGAAUUUGAUGUAUCUCGAAUCCGACCCCGACUAGCCUGGGUUUCCUCACCUUGAAACGUUGACAUGGCAAAAUUUGACCUCAGCUGAGAGGGUUACCUGGUGUGGCAGACCGGGCUACCCACCUUGAAGGGUGACCCCACCUAUCAUGUAAACGUGAUCAAAUUAAAAUGAGAGAUUAUAUGGACAGGCGGGUUACCCCACCUAAGUGGGUUACCAUUCCUACCUGGGGUCCCCUUCCUCCAUGUAAACAGGCCCUAAAAGUUAGCCCGGCCCCCUUUCUACAGUUUCAGCAGUUAAACUAUUCACCAUUUAUCAUUUGAGUCAAUCUUGUACCACUUGAGUCUCACUUUUACGACUUGAUAAGCUGUUAUUAUUUUUGGACAUGAGUGCUUCAGUGCCAAAUGUAGAGGCUUCAUGAUAAACUGUGCUGUUUUUUGAAGCUUGGGCUAACUUGUUUCUUUUUUUCGUUUAUGAGACCAGAUUCUUUUUUGUUUGUUUUUGCUUUGUAAAGCUUAGACAAACUGCGGAAAUUGUAAAUGAUAUGACUUGUGCCACGGUGCUUGCUUCUCUGUCAAAACAUGCACUUGCGUCCAGCAGAUAACUGGAUAAAGAGAGACUGAAAGGCAUCCAGGCCUAUGUUAAGCUGAAAAAUUAAUUACCUCCCUAGGAAAGAACUAUUUUGGGUUCUGUCAUUUCGUUAUUUGCUCUUCAUGAAUAGCUGUCAUAAAUCUCUGAUAAUAUGGGAUACAACAGACUCUUUGACAAUUUCUUUUUUCUGAAAUUUUGUUUGCUUUCUUCAGCUUAAAGUGACAUGUAAUGACAAGUAAUACUUGAUAAAUAAGGCUUAAGCCACACAAUAAGGCCUCCUCUAAUUGAAAUACUUUAGAAAAGGAGAAGAGACCCCAGAAGCUGAGUACUUGCAAGUUAUGAAGCAAAGACGAGGCCAUCUUAGAAAUGACUUAUGAAAAUGUGGGCGGACUGUGGACUUGCUUUAAGGGCACAGUAAUAAUCAACUUAAUUAUACAAUCAAUAAGCAUAAAUGGAUGGGAAUGUCAGAUGUUCGAGUGAAAUUGUUGUUUACAACCUGAGAAUAGAAUUCAGAGUGAUUUAAGGUAUUAAAUAACAAUUUUCAAUCAAAACACCACAGGGACGCCAGCAGGUGAAAUCUAUAAUAAUUAAAUCCUGUUUAGCACGCUUCAGUGGCAUAAUUAUUUGCAGUGGGCACCCCCUCUAAUAUUCAUGGUACUGCAAUAAGCUAUCGCUGUGCAAAGUUUGGUGCUUUUGUCAACUCUGUAACGAUCCUGACCCAAAGAGACCUGACUAUUAGGUUUAGAGAUUUUCCGGAACGGGUGGGUCCACGAAUUCUAUCGCUUGAAAGCGUAGAUAACUUUGGAACAAGUGAAUACUUCGGUGGCCGAAAAUUAAAUGAGUAAUCUUAAUUAGCAAAAGACUAACUGGUCGGGUGUUGUAAACUUUCAUUGUAUGCAAAUGAGUCUUGAGAUAAGCGUGCGGUUUAUUUUCGGCUCGGCGAUGAUCGAAAUGACAUGCCAUGUAAAUCACUUUUUUGAUAUCUGGCAAUUAUGUAAUUUCUUUGGAAUCGAGGCCCUUGAUUUUUCGUGCAUCUACACACUCGUAUAGCCUGCGACCGCAGACGUAUUUCCUGUCGUCGCUAACACGCGUAUUUAAUCAAUUCAGAAACAAAUAAAAAGUAAAUAUCCAGAAGUAGGGAGUGAAAAACCUUUAGCGAGUAAAUCCUGUUUCGUGUAGAAUUAAUCGCCUCCUCAUUUCUCGAUCUAAUAUCCAAGCAAACGAGACUUAACGCCACUGUAAGAGCGUUCUUUUUUACUCCAAAACAACCUUGUAUUCUUUGUCUGUACUUCUUUGUCAGUCCAGUUCAAAUGCCGUGUCCGGUGUCCUGAUCAUGAAUAUCAUUAAAGCCGUUGUUGCUUCAAUUCCUUUUUCAAAGUAUCAUUUUUAUGCCUUUUCCCGUCCAAAUAGUUUGAGUAAGAGCUAAAAUAUGCUGGCUUGUCUGAGCUCUGUUUACUGGGCAAAAUGAACACAACUAGGUCUGGUGGAAAAUGGCUAUGAGCCUGUGCUCAUAGCCGCUUUUAUUCAAAUAUGCAUUUUCAACAACCUGUUCGAUACAUAAUCUGGCUAAUUACAAAUAGCGGGGAAAAUGUAUAAAUAUGCAGGCAAAUAUUUCCUAUCUCUUGCUGCCCUUGAAGUGAGGUGUGCUUGAUACUUGCAUUCCUUCCCCACCCGUUUGCUUAUUGCCCAAUUCUCGGUUGUUUCCUUCGAACUCCCGAUAAUUCGACUGAACUGUUUUCGAUUUCCCUAGAAGGCGCGAGUUAUCGGGAGUUGAAUGUGUAUUAAUAUUAUUAUUCAUUCAAAAUAUUUCCCCAAUUCUGAUUGGCUAAAAGCACACGCAUAAUUCACCAUAACCAGUUACUGAUGACCAAAUUUGGAAGAAUUUUUUGUUUAACGAGGAAAUGACGUCAAAAAUGCAGCCUUCUACAGGUUAAUGCACCGUUAACCGAGAAGACCUGGGGACGAGAUUGAGUUGUUUUCGUUGUAAAAAUUAAAAAGGCGGACACUUCACUCGUUUCAAGAGUAAGAACUACAGCCGGAAGUAGGCGAAAUAAUGGCUAAAAACAUAGCAAAAACAGCAAGAAGACAACUCGGACUACGGGGCGACUUCUGCUAUUUGGAGAAUAUUUGCGGAGCUGGACAAAGCUAAGAGUAAACUAUCGAAGAUAAACUUAACAUCGAUGCAGGUAAGCUUGUUUUAGCUGCGUUUUUAAACUAGGAAUUAUUUUGAAUGAAUAAUAGAACAAUUAUUGAAUUCGGCUUUCGUAUCAUAUGAAGAGUCAUGGAGAUCUCCGAAGGUGUUACGAUCUCGAUAAUUCUUCAUAAGAUACUCAGCCUCAUUCAUUAAUUGUUGAAUAUUCAAAUCUCGACAAAACAAACUGUCGUGCAAUACAUCUCUUCUUGUUUGAUAAUGAGCAACCUGAGCAAAAACAGGAAAUUAAAUUUCUAGGUGUAUAUGUUGUGGUUCAAAUUUAUCCUUGGUUUAAAUUAACUAUUUUUUUUUGUUUCAAAGUCAUUAUCAUACAUUACCAUACCCAAAAACAAAAGAAAAUAAAUGUAAACCAAGGAUAAAAUUGAACCACAACAUUUAUAUUCACAAAAAGCUUUGCUUGAAAUCACACAUAAAUUUAUCUGUAGCAAUAUAGCAAAAUCUGUCGGAAUAAUUUAUAGGUCACGCUAUCUUUGGCUACCAGCACCAUUAUCCCUUUAUUAUACCCUUAUAUAUCCUUACAUGAGGGACUUUGAUAUUGUCUGGUCAUCCACAUACAAUACUCACUUGAACAGAAUCUAUCUCUUACAAAAAGGGGCUGUCCGCGGGUUUACUAACUGAGCUCAGAGUAUCCUGCUCACACUUCUCCAUGAUUUGCCAAACUCAAGAUUUUAGAUAUAUUUGGUAUUUCUAACUUCCAUGUCGUCAAAUUUAUGUUCUGCUAUCUUCAUCAUUUGCUACCUUUUUUUUCUAAACCUAUUUAUAACUGGUGGCCAGGUACACACAUAUGCCAUCAGAUUUGUAAUAAAUUACAGACCACGCUUUUGUCCAACAAAUACUCGUACCUUUAAAACUGCCUGAAGUCUGUUGUAAUCUUCUGCCCCCUUGUCCUGAGUUAUUUCAAUAAAUGACCAAACUAUGAAGGCUGACUGACUCCUUGAACAAUCAGGGGCACCCAAUUUUUACUCUAAAAAGUUCACCUAGAAUUUUCGGGAGCCUUUUUUCUGAAAAUUUUAGUUUUGAUUCCUAUAAUUUUCGGAUCACUAGACUUUCAGCUAGGAAAUCCGAACAGAUGAAAGAUUUUUAGAGGAUAAAAAUAUGCCUAUAUCUACCGUUUAAAUACUAAAAUACGUUUAACAAUGCUAUGUUUAAGUAUUUUUCGACUAUACUCUCGUUGGGUGCCCCCAGGGGGGAAGAUAACUCUAUUGUUUUUCACGUAAGUUUCUUGACCCACUCCGCUUGCCAGUAUGACGUCACAUAGUAACGGGCAAGAGCCUCGGGUCACUUGUGCAAACUACCAAGAGAUGCAACAGUUAUUUGGACGAGCGAGGUCGAGGAAAAGCUAAGAAGCGAGCAAAUAUCGCUAUAUAUCGCUUAUUUGAUCGAAUGUUUGUGAACUUUGGUGCUGCUAUAAUCUGCUUGUGUAAACCGUUGUGAUAUUUUGUGUCCGUGAAUUGUUAAUUUGUUUUACGGGCCGUGUUGCGGGAUCGCCAUCUAUUUCACGGGACCGGCAAGGUCAUCAAAACUUAAAUCUUUUUUUUCCCUUAAAGUUAGCCUGCGUAGCUGGCGGUAUUGUGUGGGUGCGAGAUUAAAGUUUUGGCGGCGGAGCCGUGUUCCAAAAAAAGGGAGUAGGGACGAGGCGGUUGAAAUACCGCUUGCCAGAAAACCCCGGUAUUUUGAAUAGUCCGCACACCAGUGUGCGGGGAAACGGAUUGGUCGAGGGCCAUACAUAUGUCAAUCAUGUUAGAUGAGCCUUCGCACAUAUUUCCCAAUUUAGGGAGCAGAUGUAAAGUGAUUGUGAUUUCCGCUUUAAAAAGAGCAUAAGUGAUGACCAAAUUGCCGAAAUAGCGUCUUUAAACUACACAGCGCUGGAAUUGUCUUUACUUAGCCGUAUGAAACAAAGGUCAAAGAAAAUGAAAACACUAUACAACUGCAUCUGAGAUCAAAUCCUAUCAGGAAUGACCUACAGAAGAAUAAACCACCGGAAAUGGUUACUCGGUAUGCAUGUAACAAACCAACUUCAUGACCUUUUAAUGUUAAGCCUGGUGUUGCAAAAAAAAAUUUACUCAGUCAAAGUUUAGAAUGAUACAUGUACUGUGUAGUGCUAGUAACCUUCGCGCGAGAGCCGAGAAAAUAAAAAAACCUCUGUUCAAGCAAACUCACAAGGUCACGUUUCACAUUAUCACGAGCUUAGGAGUCGUGUUUAGCCUGUCAACUCUUAUUUUUAAACUGUCUGGCGCGAAAAUAAUCGGAAGUUUCAAAUUGCAGGUUUCUCUUUGACUGGCUGAUUUAAUUACGAUCAGCCAAGGUGACAAAAGUGGGCGGCAUUCGAAAAAUCAUGGUUCUCUGGCAGGCAGUAUUUCUCGCGGCUUCGCCGCUCGUGACGGCUCCGCCGUCAAAUCUCACUCGACUAUAUUACAACGGCUCCGCCGCCAAAUCUCACUCGACUACUACACAAUACCGCCAGCUACGCAGGCUACCUUAAAGUGGGCAAGGUCUAGUCUCCAGAAUAGAAGGUUCCAUUCAGAGAUCACACAUGUUUAUAUUUCAUCCAUUCUUUUGCUAAUUAAACGGGCCUAACUUCAUAUCAUUCCUUUCGAGUGUGAGCCUCUGUUGAUCUCCAAAUGCUCCACCAAAUUCAGUAAAGCUAGUUCGAUCGAUUAUCCUCAUCGAGUCGGCCCGUUGGACCCGAAAUAAUGCGAAAUAAUAAUAAAAUAAUUCAUGAUAAAUACAGCUCCACCAGCUUUUUAGCACUAUUUUUCCAUUCGGCCUUUUUUUUCUUUAUUCUUACUGCUGACCCUGCUAGUCAUACACUUGGAUCAAUAUAUAUUUUAAGCGUAAGUCCGGAGUUUUNAUACAUGUACUGUGUAGUGCUAGUAACCUUCGCGCGAGAGCCGAGAAAAUAAAAAAACCUCUGUUCAAGCAAACUCACAAGGUCACGUUUCACAUUAUCACGAGCUUAGGAGUCGUGUUUAGCCUGUCAACUCUUAUUUUUAAACUGUCUGGCGCGAAAAUAAUCGGAAGUUUCAAAUUGCAGGUUUCUCUUUGACUGGCUGAUUUAAUUACGAUCAGCCAAGGUGACAAAAGUGGGCGGCAUUCGAAAAAUCAUGGUUCUCUGGCAGGCAGUAUUUCUCGCGGCUUCGCCGCUCGUGACGGCUCCGCCGUCAAAUCUCACUCGACUAUAUUACAACGGCUCCGCCGCCAAAUCUCACUCGACUACUACACAAUACCGCCAGCUACGCAGGCUAGCCAUUUCCUUACUGGCUUUGUGUUUCUAGUUCAUAUACAAGAGAACUUAGAAGAUGAGCUGGUGAAAGAAGCUUUAGAAAAGGUAGGGAACAAUGCUUUAGGUGCUGAUUUCCUGUGGAUCCAAAGGUAUUAUGCUCAUAAAUUACCUGUGACACUGAAGAGGGGGGGGGAGGGGGCGGUGUUGGGGGGUUGCAGCCAGGGGUCAUUUUCAAAACCAUGAUUGGUUUUGGGGUCGUUUUCAGAUAAGGGAGUAUUACCUGGACCGGUAAAAAGGUUUCAGGUGUAUUGAUAUUAUUGUAUCAAGUUUAUUGAUUGUUGCUAGUGUAUCAAGUGUAAUGGAGAUGUCAGCCUCUGCAGAUCUCAAACUGGGCCUGUAGGUAUUUCUUCUAAUGCACAGGUACCUCCUUCCACUAUCAUCCCACUCCCAAAUGGCUGACGCACACUUAACAGGCACAUAAUCACCCCACCCUCAUUAAAGGUUGAAGGUAAAAGGUGCCAACAGAUGCUGCAAAGAAACCAUACAAUGAGCUGAAAAAAUGGAAUUUAUGCUGAUUUUGCAAUAUUUGGGUUUGAUGAUUUUACAUCCUGCCUUAUGGAAGAGGUUAAAUGUCAAUGCUAUCUGGGAGCUUUGGUUCCCUGUAUGGGAGUCCCAGUUCUGAUGUGAUUAACACGUAAUUGUGCCUUUAAUUAUCGGUGCAUAAAUUUUUGCCAGUGCCCAANCUAAAAUCUCCACUGGGUUUGCCCCCAAAAAAUAAUUAAAUGAAACCUGUUAUUGAUUUUCGGGAUUUAAUUACAGAGUUACAGGUGUAUGCCCAAUAUACUAUUAAAAUGCGGUAAAGCAACAAGAUUCAAUGCUCACAGUCUCUCACAAAUACGUGUCAUUUAGCUUCCUCUUUCAACGCUACAGCUAAGCGAACUUUGAGAGGAAUGAUGUGGGGUUCCAGUUCCUCUGAGGAGCUGUUAAUACGCACAAUUUAAAGUAUAAUACAUCCUUUGAAGAAUCUCCUUUUGCUGUGUCUAAACGGCUCAAUAUUGCUGUGAACUGGCCCUCAAAAGAGUGACCGGUCGGCAUGAUUGCCCGUAAAAUUUGCCCGACGAUAGAUAGGAAUCUUUAAAAUUCAUUACACCACUGGACAUUUCAUUCCAAAGAACUACUUAAGUCUAGUUUUCUAUGACAAUAGAAAGCUAAAAAAUCUCCAAAUCCAAGAAAUCGGAAUAGUAUUUCAGUGAUAAAAUCGAAAUUUUUAGCCGUCUCUUCGAUGAACACUUUGCUCGCCAUUUUGAAAGUCACUGACGCGAGACGUGACGUCAUAAUGGCAGGCGGACUGUACCACAGAUUUCCUUGGAGACACCUCCCCCCACUGUUGUAUUGUUAUGUGACAAAUUCAUUAUAUGCAAUUUCUUGUUUUAGACCAUCAGCUCACCAAACUACAUAGAGACAAGCGCAACACUGAUAAUAUCCAGAACAGGACGGGAAAUAAAAACGCAGCGAAUACCAUGGUUGAAAUAAAUAAACUUUUAUCAGAGCUGAUAUUACAAAGUGGUACGUAUUUCCCAGGCCCUCCCGGUCCACCUGGACCGAGGGGAGAGAAAGGAUCUCGGGGUAAAAGGGGACCAAAGGGAAGACCUGGGAAUAAAGGCGACCAGGGUAUUAUGGGAUUGCCAGGAAAGACCGGUAAGCAAGGAAUCAUGGGACCUGUGGGACCAGAGGGCGAUGUUGGACUCAAGGGACAAAAAGGAGACAUGGGACCUGCAGGCAUGCCGGGAGCUAAAGGAGAACCUGGUGAAUCGAUUGCAGCUCCUGUUGUUGCUGUGUCCCCUAAAACACUGACAGUCAACGAGGGUGGAUCAGCUUCGUUUCAGUGUUCAGUGAGUGGUAAUCCUAAACCUGCAAUACAAUGGAGUAAAAUGAACAGUGAGUCACAAUUAAGUCCUUCAACGGUAUCAGGAGGAAAGUUGCUGUUAAAAAACGUAGCAGGAAAUGACGCGGGAAAAUAUAACUGUUCAGCGGUCAACAUCUUAGGAAAGACGCAUGCACUGGUACAACUUGUAGUGAAUGGUAAGUUUGUUGUGACUCGGGUGAUUCGAUUGUUAGAAAUCCAUUCCUUAUCCAUCAGUUAGUAAGUAGUUUAGAUAUGAAGCCAAAAUAUUCGUUUUAGGCAUACAAGAGAGAUUAACGGGUUGAUAGUUCUUCUGUCACAAUAUAAAGUGCACAGUUUACACUUUUUUCACUUCUUAGUGUUGUUGGAGUAAGAACAUCCUAUAUCCUGUCCCUAACUAUCACUCAAAAACUUUCGAGAUGAGCAUCUACUGGUGGUAAAUACGGGGUCCAUAUGACCGGGUUUUCUUUAAACAAUCUAGAGAUCUUUUCACAGGGAAGUCAAGACAGAGGCGAAAUUAUAGAACUGUUAAAUUUACAGUUGUUUUGAAGUGGUCUGAGCACUCCAUGUUUUGUCUAAGCUAAUUAGCAUGUUUAGUCCAAACGAAAACCAAAUUUGUCAUUUUCAUCCGAGCUUUAUAAUUGAGAACAAUUAUAAACUUGUUUAAAUAUAGUUUAGACUAGAUUAUAUGAUAUGCUGAUUCUGGUUUCCAAAUUUCACAAAAUUAAUAUUUUAUGCAGUUUAUCCUCGCGCUUCUAUCCAUCCGGGACCUCAUUACGCCAUCGAAGGAAAAAGUUACACCCUUCCAGUUUGUCACGUGACUGGGUACCCUACACCACUGGUCUCUUGGAGAAAGUCAGCGGGCCAGUUACCCCAGGAGAGGAUGAAGUCCAACAACAGUGCAUUACAAAUUCUACAUGCCCGCAAAGGCGACUCUGACUUUUACUUCUGUUCCGCAUCAAACCUGCUAGGAAGCGUUGAAAAGAAAACUCUCUUAGUUGUUGUUUCUCCUCCUAGCUUCACUGUUAAUCCACCUGCAAAAGUUUUCGCGUGGGUAGGUGACACUUUUAUGUUAAAAAGUAGCGCUACUGGCGAUCCCCAACCCGUCAUCAGCUGGAAGAAACAAGGAGGUCAACUGCCUGUUGGGCGGAGCCAGCGCGCAGUUUAACGGCUCGCUAGUGAUAAGAAACAUAACAGUGGAAGAUAUAGGAUAUUACGUCUGUGUUGCAGCGAGUGCAGGAGUAUUAAAGGCGGAAGCUGUCACCACUACUGAAGUUUAUAACGGUAUUUUAAUAUAGACAAUAUAAGUAAUAAUACUACAUCAAGAAGCUUCUUUCGUGCUUAGCAACCUCUCGCGUGCAAAACAAAUAGAUUCCAUGUCAGUAAUGUAGGAGCUGGUCGUAAGGUGUUUCUUCAUUGAUCGCAGAAAACAAUAACACAUCAUUGUUUAUCAUUAUUCCCAUUGUUUCGCGGUUAGGUUAUCGAACCAGUUAGGGUUAGGAGAGCUGCUCCAUGUGCCUGUACGUCUAUUUAACAAUUAUUUCUCGAGCCCGAAUGGGCUCUAAGUCAAUAGGACUAUUGACUCAAGAGGCCAUGAGGGCGAGAGGAAUAAUUGUUUUAGUAAAAUCCAAUUAGUUGGUCAAUAAUAUCGAGACAAAACAACUGUAGCUAGCAAAACGCGAUUUAGUCGCCAUUGUUUUGGUUUUCAAAGCCCGCCCUUUUCGCUACUGGUGGGCUAUAACAUAUAGCUUAACAGUAGCUCAACCAAUCAGAACAACGCAGCAUUGAUAAUAGAUCACUAGCUGGACUUUAAUAAUCAGUAAUAGAUCACAGCUAGAUGACGUCGAAAUGUGGUCCUGAACAAAAAGCCUCCUUUAAAGUAACGAAUUUUGAAUACUGACAAACCGUUAAAACCAAAAAGCAAAUAAGGGUAAUAAAUACGAGAAAUACGAAACCUUUAAUAAGCGGCUGGCUUCAGUCGUUUAUGCUAAUCUACAAGAUGUUUUUUUCUCUUUUUUCACAAAUAUUUCUCGUUCAGAAACAGCACACUUGCGUUUAAGAAUUAUUCUUUAGAGUUUUAAACUGCAUUAUUUCAUUCUUGCGAUGAAUGUUUCGAUCACUGUGGGAAAAUAAAUCAGGUCAGAUGCUUCAAGCCUUGAAACAGUCCACCCUGGGUGCAAGACACUUGUCAAGCGCGGUUUCCGGUUUCGGUCUAGUCUUUGUAGAGAGCGGCACGCCUACAUUGUACUUUAACGCCAUUCAGAAUUCAAAUGUUAGGCGGCCAAAAAUGUCAUGUUUGAACCCACUUAGAAAGUAUUUCUCGUUACGUGUCCACGUUACGUUAAGAUCUAAACGUUGCGUGGAGGUCGCCGGAAGAGACAGUUGUCGUUUACAGCAAUUUGACUAGUACUGAGAUUGUUUAUAGCGGGGCUCCCACGCGCGGGAAGAUUGCGUGGGACAGAGCCCCAUACUCAUGGAAUAUGGUUAACCUCUUUUCGUUUGGUUGUCACGUGAUUGACCGAGCGUACGCGUCUACAGAUUGUACGGGUGGGGUAGGAGAGACUAUCAAAAGGAAGGGAGGGGUAUCUCAGGAGUGUCUUGCCAAGUCCACAUCCUUUAUAUAGGACAUUCACAAUAUGGUCGAUUGACAGCUGUCAAAACAGUAUAGCCACUGACGAGUUUGCCAUGACCAUAUCGCGGGCUCAUGUGUCAACUCAUCGAGGUGCGUGAUUUAUUUGGAAGGUGUCCGCUGACCACUUAAUUGUUUUACUAGAUCGCGAACAAUGUUCAAUCCCAUACUUUUAGCUAGUUUGGGAGUACAGAAAAACUAAUAAUGCACACAUAUUGGACAUUAAUGUCUUGAUCAAUUGACAGCUGUCAAACCCGUCAAGACAGGGUACCCGCUGACCAGUAGCACUUGACCAUAUCGCGGACUCAGGUGUCGACCAAUCGAGGUCAAGAAUUUUUUUGAAGUUAUUCGCUGACAAGUUACUAGUUUUUAAGUGAUCGCAGGCUCAAGUUAAUUUUUUUUUAAAUUCACAUGAAAUAUGUUGUGUUUAUGCGCCACACAAUUAAAAUUUUGAUUUCAAACUGACUUCGGACGCGAAAAUUCAGCCAGCUGUUACAGGCAGGGGCGGCAGUUGCUUUUGACUUUUCUUACCAUGGUCAUGCGUUGGUCACGCUCUACGUCCAAUUUUUAUGCUCUGAUUGGUCAAAAUUUGACAGGUGAGUUCAUCCGCAAAAUUUAUUUAGCAUCUUCAAUCUUGUUUACUUUGACAGCUGAAGCUGACAGAGCUUUGUGUCAACUUGUGAUGUUUUUAGCUGUCUUUUUCCACUGGAUGUACAAAAUGAAAUUCAGCUGCUAUCAGGAGUCUUCUGUUAGCCAUGGCUAGUUUGUUUAUUGGGUUUUUGGUUGAGAAAUGCGUUGCUUGUCAAAGUCGGAAAUCCGAUUUCGGAUGGCAUCGUUUUCGUUUUUACCUUGCUUGAUCCGUAAGAGGGCUGAAAAGUCUGAAGCGAUACUGGCCUUACUUGAUACCUUUCAGGAGCUGCAUCUCGAGUGGUAAGCCUGAGUAAUUAUUGUAUUUGAUGUUUGUUUUUUGUAUCUAAUUUAAUGAAGUCGAGCGUACUUUAUAGUUAUAAUUCUGGCUGUAAAAGAAGGCUUUGAGCCAUUUUCUUGCCUUGAGUUCGUCUUUGAAAAAAUGCAAACACCGGGAAGCCGGCUUAAAACAUAAACUUAAGCUUUAAGCUUGAAGACUGAGGAUUUUUAGAGACACUUUAAUACUUGUCUUCCUGAAUGAAAAUUGUUGUCUCUGUAUAUGUUUCACCGAAUUAUAUUUCUUUUAUUGAUUGUUAGUAGUCUCUCUUGUAAUUUUAAUCGCUGUGCCGAUUGUUUUCAGUCGUUCAGUGAACAUCGCUUGCAGGAGUACUCAAAAUGUCGCGCGCUAAACCAUUAAAUAAAAAAAUAAACAUAAUAAAUUCUUUAUUAUGAUGGAGCGUAACUCUGUUAAUGUUCAUUGUUAUUCAUUCAAAAUAUUUCCCCGAUUCUGAUUGGCUAAAAGCACACGCAUAAUUCACCAUAACCAGUUGCUGAUGACCAAAUUUGGAAGAAGUUUGUGUUUAACAAGGAAAUGACGUCAAAAAUGCAGCGUUUUUGCAGGUUAAUGCACCGUUAACCGAGAAGACCUGGGGACGAGGUUGAGUUGUUUUGGUUGUGGAAACAAAAAUGGCGGACAUUUCACUCGUUUCAAGAGUAAGAACUAGGCGAAAUAAUAGCUAAAAACAUGACAAGAACAGCGAGAAAACAACUCAAAGGGCGACAUCUGCUAUUUGGAGAAUAUUUGCGGAGCUGAACAACCCUAAACGUGCACUAUCGAAGAUGAACUUAACAUCGAUGUAUCGAUGGAGGUAAGCAUGUUUUAGCUAUCAAUGUUUUUAAACUUGGAAUUAUUUUGAAUGAAUAAUAAAACAAUUAUUGAAUUCGGCUUUCGUAUCAUAUGAAGAAUUAUGGAGAUCUCGGAGGGUGUUAUCCGCCUCGGCCGUAUUCUUCAUAAGAUACUCAGCCUCAUCCAUUAAUUGUUAAUUCAAACACUCGCCACAGCUCGCACUACAAAAGUGAGAACCGGAUUGCUUAGCUAGUGAGCCCACGCGUACUUCCAUCGUCCUGAAUAUUGAAUGAGUGCAAUUUGUAUUGCAAAUUGUGAAAUACUGCUUUCUGUACAAGGUCUGUAUGAUAAAAACAGUGCCUCAUAGUACUGUUUCACCUCAGAUAUGAUGUAUAAAUGGUAUAAAAGGUUGGUUUCCACGCACCCAGAUUUUUUGGCAAGAUUUUGCAAAGUAAUCUUGUAGAACGCAGAAAAUUCGGCCUGAUUUUUUUUCCAGGCCUAAUUGAUCUACGGUGAUCAAGAUUCAUUAUGACUCUUAAAUGUGAUCGAAGAUGAUUACCAGUUUUGGGGUGUACAUAUGAGACUAUCAACUCGAUGUAAGAUUUGGUUCACUCUUGAGCUGUUUGCAAAUUAUUUUUCUCUAAAAUCACUUAGCCUUUCCCUCAAAAGUCACAUAAAUGUGCUCUAAAGCUAGCUGAAUUGUGGAAUACAAGUUUAUUGUUUGAUUUAAAUAAUAAAUUUAUUAAUGGGAGCCUCGCUUUUAACCCUGGCUAAAUCUAUAUAUUAUACUGAUGUAGUGGAGACGUCAAUUAGCAAUUUUCGUCGAGUCGGGACCUGACCGCUUUCCGCAGCGAUUCCCGCAAGACAGGACAACUUUGCUCGUCGGCGGCUUCUCUUGCCACAUUUUAUUCACGAAGAAAUCUUCUGACUCGUUGACGAAAGUAAUACCGAGUUCGCAUGUCAUGUUGCUUGCUGUGCGUAAUCGGCAGCGAAAUGAAUUACCCGCCAAGUUUAAAAUUACAUGACACCUCUCAAACCGACCAAUGAGGUGGCAUCCUUUAAAUAUCCACGCAGUAUGACACAGGGCCAAGAAUAGAUUUCAAAAAAUUUUCAUGGCAUUCGAUCUCUCACCUCAUUCUCUUUUGCUCUCGUGUAGGUGCGCUCAGGGUAUCAAGCAUUCUCGGUAACCUUAACGGCAAGUACCUUGGCCAGUUGAAUUCCUAUUUAGACCCAGUCCUUCAGAGUCCAGACCGCAGCAGGUUUGUCAGGUGUUGGCACGCUAAGACAGAUGGUUGGGCGGCAUCAACAUUCCACAGCAAAUGUGAUGGAAAGGGUCCCACUGUAACCAUCGUCCAAGUCGGUAGUUACAUAUUUGGUGGAUACACAGACAAGUCUUGGUCGAGC